AUUGAUUACUGUCACGUCCCAUCUUUUCGAUGUUUAUGGGCUCGGUUUAAAAAACCGGGUAUCAUACCGGUCAGGUCCGGUUAUUGGACCUCGACGAACAACUAGACCUCUCUCUGAACGGGCGAUCCCUCCAAAGUUACCCACCUACCUUCUUCAUCUCAUCUUCGAUUUCGAAUUUUUCAUCUUUCGAUUUUUACUAGUUUCGUCUCAAUUCCUGUGUAGCCGACAAUGAAUUCCGCUUUAGAUUUUGGUUUUCCGGCUACAUUCCCGGUUAAAUCGAGUUCUGUUGGCGGACAUGGGAUUCCUUCUUCUGGAUUCGGUUCCCGCGUAAGAUUUUGCUCUCUUCCUCCUUGUUCAUCUAUCAAGGCUGAGUCAUGUUUAAAAAGAGACCUGCAUAAGCAAAGAAGCAGUCUUGAGUCAAUGUUCUGCUAUGAUAAACCGAUACCAGAGGAAAUAAUCGAGGAGCCAGUCGGAUUAUCCAUGUCAGAGAGAGAGAUUGGUGAUAAUCAGCGUUGCACUUGUUGUGAAGCUAAAGGUGCAUUGCUUUGUGCAACUUGUUCUGGAACUGGUCUAUAUGUAGACUCCAUAAUGGAGAGCCAAGGCAUCAUUGUUAAAGUCCGUUGCUUAGGUUGUGGUGGAACUGGUAACAUUAUGUGCAAAAGUUGUGGCGGGCGUGGUCACGUAGGACACUAAUGACUCUGAGAGUCGCUUGAUUUCCAGUCAUAGUUCUGUUUUACCUAUUCCCCACUUUUAUACGCUGUACCUUUCUCUCUUAUCUUAUUGUAAAAUCAAAAUCCUACAUUUUUGAGUUCCUGUACUGAUGUAAUCUCUAGCUGAAACAUUUACAAUCUUGUAAUAGAGUCCAUUCAUUUUCCGUUCUUAUAUAAAAUGGUUUCCUAA